CAAAUGGCCCGAUCUCAUAGCGCGGACAUGGUCUCCCUGGAAUCCUCAACGGUAUCUGUUCCAACGACAGCUUCAACUAUUUCGUCGCCAGCGACGUUCACUGAUGUCAGCCCCACCCUGCUGGCAGCGGGAGUGGGAACCGCAGCGACUCCUUCCGUCCAAUUCCCUUCCGAUCACGAGCAGUACCUGCUCCAGCAACAACGGCUCCAACAGCAACUCAACGACGGCAAGAUUGUUCAACAAGCCAAGGAGUUUUUGCUCGCCCAGCAGCAUUUGCAAAUCCGCGGAUGCGGAGACACUGUCGCUGCCGGAGGCGGCAGCAGCAGUAGCCCCGGACAGCCCGAUGACGCCGGUUCGACGGACUCGUCCAUCUUCGAUGAGGACAUUAAGCGGCGUCGCCGGAAGCUGCACUUUCCUUUUGGAAAACGCUUUAGCAAAUCGAAAAAGCAAUAGAAUGAGCAAAAGCAAUAGUCACAGCAGCGACCCCAUCACCGACACGGGGACGAUAACGAACGAUUAGCUUAGGAGCUAAGCGGUGGCGAAUGGUGCUUCGCGUCUUUUUUACCUCUAGAAUCCUGGUGAAAGACCCCAGCUCCGAACGACGAAUCCCUCUCGACCUCGGUGAGUCUAAAAUGACGGCCGUUUUCCACAAAGUACUUCCGUUAACUAGGAUCAUACUAAAUAG